GUAUAUUUAAUAAAGCAGAAUGUUUGGUUAACUGGAGCAUUCAGUUUUCCAGUCAUUCUUCAUCAGUAGUAUUAGAAGCAGAAUCCUGGCCUAAUUACCUUUGAUGAGAUAUUAAUUAAUAGAGAAAAUAUACCCUAAAAUGAAAUCAGCUUUGCCACCUUGAUUAUUUGUCUCUUCCUUGUUGAUUGAAAUUGGUGUUUGGAAGGUAGAUGCUGGCUGGGCUCAUGUUGUGAAACUAACCUCGCACAUAGUAGGUAGAGUUUAUCAGUCACCAGCUAAUGAAGUGUGAGUGGGAGCUUUCAAAAGAUGUAUCAGUAAUCUUGGUUUUAUGUUAUUCACUGACUAUGUUAGGAGUCUUAAGAAUAGUUUUGCAUAAAUAAUUUUAUACUUGGAAAUCCUAAUCUUUGCUUAGUUUUCAAACCUCAGCUUUUUUAUUUGGACCUAGUAGAGCAGUUUAAUAAAUUUAAAAAAAUUGAAAGCAUCUAUUACUGAAUAUUCAUUAAAUUUCAGGUGCCAUUGUAUAUCAUAAGUAUACACCUAUAUGCACGUGUCUUUUUUCAAGAAUGUAAGAUUCAUGAAGUCAGAUGUCUGUCCAUUAGACAUCAUCUUUUUGUAUGCUAGGUAUGGUGGGACAGUUGUGAUUUCCUAAAGCUUGGAACAUAAUAAACUAUCUUUGGAAACCUUAAAGACCUGCUGGGGCUUUUUGGUUUUCUUUUUUAAGCAUUUACAACCAAAUGGGUGAAUUAACAGACUUAACUACAUAAUAUGCAUGCAUCUUAAAAUUACUCUAUUAGACUUGCCUUACUGACACUUUACAUCAUGGUCCCACCGUAAGAUAGAAUACUAUAUAGCCAUUAAAACUCCUGUGGUAAUGACAUGGAGAGAAAGUUUAUGACAUAGUAAAUUAAGAAGAACAACACCCGCCCCCAGCAGAUUACAAAUCAACAUAGAUGAUCUGAUAGUGAUUUUUUUUUGCGGUGGUGGGGGGACGUGGUAUGGGAAGCAUAGAAAAAGGAAUAAAAAGUAAACCCCAAAAUGUUAGUGAAGUUAUCAGUGGUUGGGUUUGUAGGUGCUUUUCUUGGUGGAUUCUCUAAAAUUUCUGGAGUAAAGGUGUUCCUUUUAAAUCCACUAUAAAAAAAAAAUACACUAUGGAAAACUGAGUAAUGAAAGCUUUACUGCCUUGGCUUAUUUCAAAUUUGUGGAACCACUUCUUUAUCCCUGGGUAGCUACUCUCUGGAGACUGAAAUCCUAGUGGUCUUCAUAGUAAAGAUUAAUGCAAAGAUUAAUAUUUGCAUUGUUCUUUGAAUAGUCAAGUGUUAGGCACUAUACGGUCUGUUCCAUUAUUUUUUCAGCUGGUUGGGCUUCUUCAGUAUUAUGACUUCCUAAUAAAGGGCUGAGAAGAUGACUGUGUUGGCAACUAACACAGAGGUUUAUUUUUAUAGCCUAUGGGUGAUGUUGAAUUUUGUGGCAGAUGUAAUGAAUAGAGAACAGUAAGUAGGUUUAAUCAUUACUAACGCUGGAAGAAACCUGAGAGAAAAAGUGAAUGUGAAUGGAGUGGGCCCCAAAUGCAUCAUUCAUGCACACUGUAUGGCAUACAUGCCAUUUACAGUUGUAUACCGUAUUUAGAAUCAGGCUAUAAUUUAAGGUCUGGAGAAUUUUGACUGGAAUUCAAGGUGAGUGGGUUGGUUGUAGUACCAAUUUUGGUAGCAAGAGUGGCAAUACCAGUUUAAGAUUUGUAGACUUCAUCUCACUUUCAUAAUCUUUUGUUUUCAUCACCUUGGAAAUUGGACUCCCAAAUCUUAAUGAAAGUGAUAUAUACAAUGUAUGACGUUUUAGGCAAUGUUUUUUGAUAUUUAGGUAAGAGUAAAUAAAAAUAAAAUUACUCUUGGCGUUUAAAUACUGGUGUUAGCAGCAGCAGUUAUCAGUGGGAAGUGUGGGUUACAACUGGGCUGGCUUCCAGGUAAUCUGUCAGUGAAGGCCACCAUGUCACUUCUCUGCUUUGCAAGGAAAGACAUCUGAAGGGUGUGGAACCUAUUGUGUUGAAAAUGGAAAAUGUUACCCUCCUUCAAGUUCAGAACCGAUUCAUGUAGAGGUGUGCUAGUCACUCAUUUUCAGAACUUUCUUGGGGAAUUCCCUGGCAGUCCAGUGGUCCCUGGUAGGCUGGGAAAGGCUCUGAAGGUAGGAAGGGUGAGUAGAUCCCCAUGAUAACCGAAACUUCACUUGAGCCCAUAUUUUUGUUUCUCUGCAGGAAAUUGAUAUUCUGUCAAGCUCCAAUCUACUUCAUAAAGGAGUCCUUUUAAAAAUUAUACAGCCCACGCUUGAUGGAAAAAAUUCUCCAAAUGGCUGAAGGUAUUGAUAUUGGGGAGAUGCCUUCAUAUGAUCUGAUGCUGUCCAAAGGUCAAAAACGUCACCUCUCAACAUGUGAUGGUCAAAGUCCUCCUAAAAAGCAAGCCGGUUCCAAAUUCCAUGUGAGACCUCGUUUUGAGCCUGUACAUUUUGUAGCUAGUAGUUCAAAAGAUGAAAGACAGGAAGAUCCUUAUGGCCCUCAAACAAAAGAGGUAAAUGAACAAACACAUUUUGCCAGCAUGCCAAGAGACAUCUACCAAGAUUAUACUCAAGACUCUUUCAGUAUACAAGAUGGAAAUUCUCAGUAUUGUGAUUCAUCAGGAUUUAUUUUCACAAAAGACCAGCCUGUAACAGCCAACAUGUAUUUUGACAGUGGGAACCCUGCCCCCAGCAGCACAUCACAGCAGGCAAACUGCCAGUCAGCUCCUGAGCCUUCACCAUCACAGACAUUUCCUGAGUCAGUGGUAGCCGAGAAGCAGUAUUUUAUUGAAAAAUUAACAGCAGCUAUCUGGAAGAACCUUUCUAAUCCAGAGAUGACUUAUGGAUGUGAUAAAAUUAAUUACACAUAUAUGUUAACUCGUUGUAUUCAGGCAUGUAAGACAAAUCCUGAAUAUAUAUACGCUCCUUUAAAAGAAAUCCCUCCUGCUGACAUCCCCAAAAAUAAAAAACUUCUAACAGAUGGUUAUGCUUGUGAAGUUAGAUGCCAAAAUAUCUACUUAACUACAGGUUAUGCUGGCAGCAAGAAUGGUUCCAGGGAUCGAGCUACUGAGCUAGCUGUAAAACUCUUGCAGAAACGUAUUGAAGUUAGGGUUGUCCGACGGAAAUUCAAACACACGAUUGGUGAGGACCUUGUGGUGUGUCAGAUUGGCAUGCCUUCAUACGAAUUUCCUCCAGCUCUGAAACCACCAGAAGAGCUGGUGGUGCUGGCUAAAGAUGCUUCUGGGCAGCCGAUUUUUAAUGCUUCUGCCAAACACUGGACCAAUUUUAUCCUUACAGAAAAUGCAAAUGAUGCAAUUGGUAUCCUUAACAAUUCUGCCUCAUACAACAAAAUGUCUGUUGAAUACAAAUAUGAGAUGAUGCCAAAUCGUACAUGGCGUUGUCGAGUGUUUUUGCAAGAUCACUGCUUAGCUGAAGGUUAUGGAACCAAAAAAACAAGUAAACAUGCAGCUGCUGAUGAGGCUUUGAAAAUCCUUCAAAAAACACAGCCCACUUACCCAUCUGUCAAAAGUUCACAAUGCCAAACGGGCUCUUCACCCAGGGGAUCUGGGAAGAAGAAAGAUAUAAAGGAUCUCGUAGUUUAUGAGAAUUCUUCAAAUCCUGUGUGCACGCUGAACGACACAGCUCAGUUUAAUCGAAUGACAGUUGAAUAUGUCUAUGAAAGAAUGACAGGACUCCGAUGGAAAUGCAAGGUGAUUCUAGAGAGUGAAGUAAUUGCAGAAGCAGUUGGAGUGAAGAAAACUGUCAAAUAUGAAGCUGCUGGGGAAGCUGUGAAAACCCUCAAAAAGACCCAGCCGACUGUCAUUAACAACUUGAAGAAAGGAGCUAUUGAAGAUGUGAUUUCAAGAAAUGAAAUUCAGGGUCGCUCAGCAGAGGAGGCUUACAAACAACAAAUCAAAGAAGAUAACAUUGGAAAUCAGCUGCUGAGAAAGAUGGGUUGGACGGGUGGUGGUUUAGGUAAAUCUGGUGAGGGCAUUCGGGAGCCAAUCUCUGUCAAAGAGCAGCAUAAGCGGGAAGGGCUUGGUCUUGAUGUAGAGAGGGUAAAUAAAAUUGCCAAGAGAGAUAUUGAACAGAUCAUCAGAAACUACGCCCGCUCGGAGAGCCACACGGAUUUAACUUUCUCUACAGAGCUGACUAAUGAUGAGCGGAAGCAAAUACAUCAGAUUGCCCAGAAGUAUGGUCUUAAGAGUAAGUCUCAUGGGGUGGGCCACGAUAGGUACCUGGUGGUAGGUAGAAAAAGACGGAAGGAGGAUUUACUAGACCAGCUCAAACAGGAAGGCCAAGUGGGGCAUUACGAGCUUGUGAUGCCUCAAGCAAAUUGAGAUCUUACUAAUUUAUUUUGUAAAUGCCUAAUGAGGCAGAUUUGUGAAUAAGAGAAAUGCUACAUGUUCUGGUUGCAGAGUAUAUUCAUUCUUAAGAUGUUUCACCUUGUUCAUUUCAUAUAGUGCUUUAUUAGAUACUGGAACUUGAAGAAUUCUGUCCACUUGUAUUAACUUAAUCCAGCAGAUAAUAUUGUGCCGUUACUGUUUGCGUCUUUGAUAUUGCUGUGUCCCUCAGAUUUUAGUAGUUUGUACAAAGCAAGAAUACAUAUCCAAAUGGAAUUUCACCCCGAGAAAGAAAUUCCCAUUUUAAAGGGCAUAGCACAGCAAUUUGCAACAAUAUGUAAAGUUGAUACUAACUACAAUAAAACUACAGUCUUAAUUCCAGACUUAACUGAAAAUGUCAGGUCAUUUUGUAUUACCUAUUUUCAUCUUUAUGUGAAGCCAGUUAUAGAAUGUUUAAUAGUAAGUUGUGCUGUACGUGUAAAUGUCCUUACCAACUAAAUGAUGUAAAACUUUCUUAAAGUAAUUUUAGUGUUCGUUUAUUUAUAACUUCUACCAUGUGGUUUCCAGAAUAUUGGAAGUGAUAUACUGUAUCUUGUGAUAUAUGAGUGUUAACAAAUUCUAGCCUUCAUGCUGAGAGAGCACUACUUGAGAGAGCAAUUGAAAAGUUCCCAAAACUUUGAUUCAGUCUGAAGAAAGGAAGCUGGAACUGUCUGUUCUUGGUGCCUUGCAGAGAGACUCGCAGCAACUCUCCGUUAUAGCUUUCACAUGAUUUGGGUGUAUAGCACAUCCAAGGUGGCCACAGCUGUGGUGGAGCUUGGUAAAAGACUGAAGAUACAUUGGUGCUUUGCUGACAAGGUUAGUUGGCUGGUCCCUCUCUCAAAAAGCUUAUUUAGCCCCCAAAGCCAACUUUGUAACAUAUUUAAAACUGCUAUUUUCGCUUAUUUCUGGAAUGUAAAAAAAACUGUAUAAAAAGGAUUAGUGUAUGCUUCCUGAAUAAAAAGGAGCCAAAGUUGA